AUGUAUUCCCCCUCGCACCACAUUCAAGUUGCUUCUCAACAACAAUCCUUUGAGGUCCCCUCCUCCACAGUAGCUGCUAACGCUGGCGAUUGCGGCUUUUUGGGAUCUUGUUUGUUUCCUACACCUUCGCAAAACGAUUACGACGUGAUGCGUCGUUUCAGCUAUGCCGACCUUUUAUCCAACCAAAGCGAGGCAAGCUUAUCCGAUACCGAAACACCCUCUCCUGCCAAUGACUAUGAGGAAUACGUGUAUGUGCAACAACAGCAUCAACCACAACCCCUGGAACACAAGCAGCAGCAACCAAUGUUUGGUGGUGCUGCAGGCGGAUUUCUGGAUUACUAUGGUGCUGCAGCUGCAGCAGCUGCAACAUGGCCUAUCCCACAACAACCCGUUUUUGGAGACUUUUUAAUGGAUACCACGGCUCUCAAUGAUACCCUUUUGCCUCCACAACAUGGUGACAUGGCCACUUGUGCAGCAAGCAGUAAUGGUAGCAACAGCAGCAGCAGCAGCAGCGAAUGCAAUUCGCCACCCACUACCGCAUUGUCCCCUACCAACAACAACACCGCCAAGGUGACCAAGCGCAAUAGCAAGGCCAAAUCCACACGCUCUCGUGGUCGUCGUGUGUCGAAUAACCCAAGCGUGGCUGCUGGUCAAAAGAUGUUUACUUGUGAACAUGAUGAUUGUGGAAAGGUGUUUAAGCGUUCUGAACAUCUUAAGCGUCACAUCCGAUCCAUUCAUACGCUUGAGAAGCCAUUUGAAUGCCCAUAUCAUUCUUGCUCCAAACGUUUCUCUCGCUCGGAUAACCUUAACCAACACAUUCGCAUCCAUCGUCAUACUGGCAAGGACAAGUCGACAGCUUCCUCUUCUCCACGCUCCUCUUCUCCAUCCUCCUCCUCCACCGUUUCUACGUACUUGCAAGAUUUUAUCUAA